AUAAGCUGAGGGGCAUGUUUCACAACCAUCCACAACCACCUACCACUACCACAGGAAAGGUCAUCAGAUCCUUGAAGGAGAAACAACAAUGGCCGCCAAAUUCAUCGCCCUUGCUGCCGUGCUUGCUGCUUGCAAUGCAGUCCCUGUGUGGUACAGCGGUGUCCCAGCUGUAGUGAUGCGCGCUGGUCGCUCCCCCAGCAUCUCCUACGGCUUCGGCAGCGGCUUCAGCAGCAACAUCGGCGGCAUCUCCCACUCCACCGGCAUCGGCGCCUCCUUCCAGUCUGGUGAGGGUCAGGCCUACGGCAGCGGCAUCGGAGCUGCUGAUGGAUCAUACGCUCGCGGUGUAGGCAUCGCCAACGCCGGCAACAGCCAGCCCGUGCAGUACCAGCCAACACCAUACCAAGUGGUCGCUCAGCCCCAGCCUGCCUACGAGUCUGCUGUUGCCUCUGCUACCAACUUCGGCAACUACCGCAACGCUGUGUCCUCUGCCCAGUCUCUCGGUGGCAACAACUACGGAUCUGCAGUCUCCUCUGCUCAGAGCGGUGGCCCUGCCCGCUUCAACAGCGCUGUUUCAUCAGCCCAGAACCUUAACGGAUACGGAUCUGCCAUCUCCUCGGCCAACAGUGGCUACGGAUCAGCCCUUUCCUCCGCUCGCAACGCUGGCUUCGGAUCAUCUGUGUCCUCCGCUCAGACCAGAGGCUUGGGUUACGGUUCAGCCGUGUCUGCUGCUGAGAACAAUGGACAAUAUGGUGCCAGCACUGCUCACGUUGCCCAGCAGAACGGUGGAAGGAUCCAGCACAGUGGUGCCACCAGCAUCAACGGCCCCGGCAUCCAGGCCGCGCAGUCGCACGCCAUCAACACCGGCUUCUACUGAAGUGUUACUAAGAAUGUAAAAAGAUGUUGAGACGACGAUACAUAAACUUGUCUCAAUAUCUUUGAGGUUCUUGUAUUAGGUUAAGUUAGUAAAAUCAAUAAAGACCUUGAUUUUUAAA